UAACACGUACAGUCAUUAAAAUAAGACCUGAGACUUGACUUCCAUCUUCCUUAAGAUAGUUUCAUGAGCAUAAAUUCUCACUUUGCUGAGACGCCAUUCUUGAGACUUUAGUCCUUUGUAAGAACCCUUCAGUCUAUAUAUACAACACGUUGCUGAAACUUGAUCACCAUACCCAUCUAUCUUUUUGUAACAAAUGGCGAGGCCAACGCAUGCUGUCAAGUUCUGCUUCUUUUUCAAGAGAAUUUUCAGGAUCCGAGCGGCUGAACCUCCCAAGGAAGUCAGGGAAAUUUUUGACAAAUACUCAUCAGAAACAGGCACCAUGACCAUUGAUGAUUUGCACAAAUUUAUGAUUGACUUUCAAGGGGAGACUGAUGCCACCAAAGAGCAUGCCCAAGAAGUCUUCAAUAGGCUCAAGCACCUAAACAUCUUCCAUCGAAAAGGCUUUCAUCUUCACGCCUUUUUUCGAUAUCUCAUUGGCGACCAUAAUACUGCUCUUCGUUCCCAGGUGCACCAUAAUAUGGAUUCUCCAUUGGCGCAUUACUUUUUAUUUACAGGCCAUAACUCAUACUUAACUGGAAAUCAACUCAGCAGUGAUAGCAGUGUUGAUCCUAUUAUAAAGGCUCUGAAAAAAGGUGUACGAGUAAUUGAAUUGGAUCUCUGGCCGAAUAACGAGAAAAAUGAUAUUAAAGUUUGCCAUGGAGGGACACUGACUGCUCCAGUGGACCUCAUCAAAUGCUUGCGUGUUAUUAAGGAUAAUGCAUUUAUUGCUUCUGAGUAUCCUGUUGUUAUAACUUUUGAAGAUCACCUUACAGCAGAUCUUCAAGCUGAAGUUGCCAAGAUGGUGACUAACACAUUUGGUAAAAUGCUGUAUUACCCUAAAUAUGGCGAUCACAUUCCUUCACCAAAUGAGUUAAAGAAAAAAAUUCUGAUUUCAACCAAGCCACCAAAAGAGUACCUUGAAACUCAGGAUGGUAAGGGAAACUUGCAAAAGUCGAGAAGUGCAUCAAUGAAAGAAGUUCCACAGAUUGAGAAGACAUAUUCCAAAAGUCUAUCUGAUGAUGCAAAUGAUAAGCAGGAUCAGGCUGAGCAGGUAGAAUUCAUUGAGGAAGAAGAUGAGGAUAAAGCCGCCCUUCAAUAUAGAAACUUGAUUGCAAUUCAUGCAACAAAACUGAAAGGUGGAUUAGGGAGCUGGCAAGGCCUUACACAGAGCAAAGUUAAACGUCUUAGCAUGAGUGAGCAACAGCUAGAAAGUGCUAUAAAGACACAUGGAAAGGAUAUUAUCAAAUUCACUCAGAAGAACAUAUUGAGGAUAUAUCCGAAGGGGACGCGCAUAUUCUCUUCUAAUUACAAUCCUUUUGUUGGAUGGGCACAUGGAGCUCAAAUGGUUGCUUUUAAUAUGCAGGGAACUGGUAAACAUCUUUGGACCAUGCAAGGAAUGUUCAGAGCCAAUGGCGGCUGCGGUUAUGUGAAAAAGCCUGCCUUUUUAUUGGCACCUAAUCCAGAGGAUGAUUUAUUUAACCCCAGCGAGCCUUUAGAACCCCAGAAAACUCUCAAGGUUAAAAUCUACCAGGGAGUGGGUUGGCAUUUGGAUUUCCCCCCCACAGCCUUUGACCGGUAUUCUCCACCAGACUUCUUCAUAAAAGUUUCAACUGCUGGAGUACGACCCGAUGAACUAAAGUAUAAAACAAGAACAGUUACAGACGAUUGGGUACCAUCAUGGAACGAGGAAUUUGAAUUCCCACUAACUGUUCCGGAUUUAGCUGUGCUACGUAUUCAAGUGUAUGAUUAUGAUACUUCUGGAAAAAACGACUUUGCAGGGCAAACAUGUUUACCUGUAGCAGAAUUGAAAAGCGGGAUCAGAGCAGUUCCAUUGUAUAAUAAAGAAGGGACUCCUUACAAACAUACUAGGCUUCUUGUGCAAUUUAACUUUGAAAAUUUAGUCUCAUAAAUCGCUUUUAUAUAAUCCUAUUGAUUUUUCAAACAUUGAUGCUGAUGUACGAUAUGAUUCAACAGUUGUAUGAAAAUUAAUA